AGAGUUAACCAAUAAACAUGUCACACUUACCCAAUGAGCUUUAUGACCAUCAAAAACAUAAUGGUUGCAGCAGUGUCAACUAGUUGUUCCUCAUUUCUGUACAACAAUUUCACAAAAACCCCCACAAUCAGAAAACUCAGUGUCAACUCUGCUAAGCCAUUAACAGUCAUGGCUGCAGCAAACGUUGUUCCUGCCAUUAUCGUUGGUGGUGGACGUGUCGGUAAGGCAUUAGAAAGCAUGGGUAAUGGUAAUGAUUUACUCAUUAAAAGGGGUGAAUCAAUCCCAUUAGAUUUCUCUGGUCCUAUUCUAGUUUGUACUAGAAAUGAUGAUCUUGAAGCUGUUCUUCAAUCUACUCCUCAAUCUCGAUGGAACGAUUUGGUUUUUUUCCAGAAUGGGGUGCUUGAGCCUUGGCUUGAGAGUAAAGGGUUAAAGGAUGCUGAUCAAGUGCUUGCUUAUUUUGCUGUGUCAAAGCUUGGGGAACCUCCAAUUGAUGGGAAAACUGAUACUAAUCCAGAGGGAUUGACAGCAGCUUAUGGGAAAUGGGGAACUGCCGUGGCUUCAAGGUUGCAAGCUGGAGGUCUUUCUUGCAAGGUUCUUGAGAAGAAUGCUUUUCAGAAGCAAAUGCUAGAGAAAUUGAUAUGGAUUUGUUCUUUCAUGCUUGUUGGGGCACUUCAUCCAGGUGCAACUGUGGGUGUUGUAGAGAAAGAGCAUAGAAAUGAGGUUUCCAAACUCAUUUUAGAACUAGCAGAUGCAGCAGCAGCUGAAAAAGGUUUAGUAUUUGAUGACGCCGUGGAGGAAAGGCUGUGUGCUUAUGCAAGAGCUGUUUCUCACUUCCCCACUGCCGUAAAAGAGUUUCAAUGGAGGAAUGGCUGGUUCUAUUCGCUCAGCCAGAAAGCAAUUUCUGAAGGCAAGCCUGAUCCAUGUCCUUCGCAUACGGCAUGGCUUAAAGAACUGAAAGUUGUUUAGAGAUUCUCCGUCAGCGCUUGUAUCUUCUAUCAUUUUGUAUUCAUGACCAGAAACAAUUGUUAUAAAGAACAUCCUCGGGCCUACAUUACAUGGACCUCCUCAAUUGUUGCACACUGCGUAUCUUAACUUAAAAUCUGCCCUCCACAUGACUUUGAGAGUUUUUCAUUGAACAAUAGAAUUAUCUGGCUUCAAUUUCAUGAAAUUUUGGAGAAGUUGUUUUUGCAAA